AUGAAAGAAAGUAUAAAGAUAUUAUACAUACAUGGGUUUCACGCUUUUGGAGAAAGCAAGAAGAAAAAAUUAAUUGAAAAAGCUGUUGGAAAAAAAAAUUUAAUGAUAGCCGGUAUAAACCAAAAGCGCAGCAUUAGCUCGUUUUUAAUAUUCCUUUUGUUUGUAGUAUGUGUUAUGUUAUUUAACAUUUAUGUUUCCUACCAAUUCUCGGAUCUUAUUUUUUUUGUGACAACCAUUAUCUUAUCGGUUAUUAUAAUAAUAGUUAUAUAUUUUAUUGGGUCCCAUCUUAUUCUUUAUUAUAUUAUGAAAAAAUCAAUAAAACAAGCAGAGCAAAAAGUACUAAUGUAUGAUCCUGAUGUUGUUGUUGGAAUUUAUUUUGGAGCUGUUGUAGCUAUGAAUCUUAAUUAUAGAAAUGGGAAAAAGCCUCUGAUCCUUGUAUCUCCCUCUGUUAAAACGUUUCAAAAAUUUACACAUAAUCUAGAAACUGAUUUAUCUACAUUUCCAUAUGUAAUAAUUGUCAAUGGAUCUAAGGAUACCACAACACCCAUGAGUGUUUGCGAUGAAUUAAUAUCUACAGUCCCCUUAGGGAAAGGGAGACUAGAAAUUGUCGAGGAUGAUCAUUCUUAUUCAAAGUUGAAAGAAGCUGAUUUUAAAGCGUGGAUCAAUGAAGCGAAAUAUAAACCUUCUACAUUAAUAGUUAAUGUAGCAAAAAAAUUAAAAAAUGAACAAAUGAACAAAAAAAUUAAGAUAAGCACGGAUACCCUUAGUGAAGCCUCUUCGUUCGAAAAUGACGAUAUUAAGGAAGAUGACCCCUUGGUGUGA